AACACAUUAUAAUGAAUGUAAUGUUAAAAAGAUUAGGAGCAUAUUCUAAUUAGAUCGUCAACUUCCAACUUGUUCUAUAAAAUAAACUCUAUAUCAACUUCUUUCGUUGCUAUUAUCUCUCAAAACUUGAAUCCAAAAGAAGCAUCAUAUUCAAGCAUAGUUGUUAAAAAUACACAAGAGAUGGAACCCACCAAGUAUUCAAUCUUGAUAAAGCUUUUGGUGAUACAGUAUCUGUCAAUCCUCUGUGUUUCGCAGGAUUUUGAUUUCUUCUACUUUGUUCAACAGUGGCCUGGAUCAUAUUGUGACACAAAGAAAAGCUGCUGCUAUCCAAAGACAGGAAAACCUGCAGCAGAUUUUGGAAUUCAUGGGCUUUGGCCUAAUUACAAGGAUGGAUCUUACCCAUCAAACUGUAAUCCUGAUAGUGAAUUCGAUAAAUCUCAGAUAUCAGAUCUUAUCAGCAGUUUGCAGAAAACAUGGCCAACAUUGUCGUGCCCGAGCAACGACGGGGUGAAUUUCUGGACACAUGAAUGGGAAAAACAUGGGACGUGCUCAGAAUCUGAACUUGACCAGCAUGACUACUUCCAAGCAGGUCUUAAACUCAAGGAGACAGCAAACCUCCUCCAGAUUCUAAAGGAUGCAGGGAUCAAACCAGAUGACAGAUUUUAUGAGCUAGACAGCAUUGUAGAUGCUAUAAAGGAAGGCACAAAGUACACUCCAGGGAUAGAGUGCAAUGUGGACCAAUCCCAUAACACACAACUUUACCAGAUAUAUAUGUGUGUUGAUACUUCUGGAUCUGAUUUCAUUGAAUGCCCAAUCCUACCGAGGGGAAGAUGCCAAUCCAGUGUCCAGUUCCCCAAGUUCUAAUCUUUUAUAUGAACCCAGUUUUAAUGUGUUUUUUUUAUUCAAUAAUUGACCGUAUUUGUGCACAGAUCAUCCAUGUUUUGUACAUGAAACUUGGGUUAAUUUUUCAAGUUUGUCUAUCUGGGGCA